GCGUAGCGAGCGGACCAGCUCCCGGGAGGAUGUCUCGGUGCGGGGCGCGUCGCCCCCCUCAGGCCACCAGAGCCCGGAUACCUCAGACAUUCGGCUCUGGGUCUGUGGGGAGCGAAAUGCAACCCAAAGCCCGUGGCCCCGAGGCCCCGCGCAGAUAAACACGCACAAGCACGCACACAGACGUCGCCGCGGCCCGCACUCGCCGCCGCAGGUCCCGGCGUCGGGGAAGAGCCCGGGAGCUCCCCCCGCCCCGUCCCCGAGGGAUCGCUGCCUUCGCCCGGCAGCCCCGGGUGCGGCCGCUCGCCCUCGCCGCUCGCACGGGCGACGGAAGUGUCCGGCGUCACCCACCGGCCCGGAGCAACGGCGCAACGGCCGGUCCGGGCCUGCAGCCUCCGCGGCCCGGGCGGGGCGGGAGCGGCCGCCGGACACAGCUGGAGUUAGCCCUUUCUGUACCUUUGCGCCAUCUGGAAUAUCUUUUGUAAUGGAAGUUCUGCCCCAGACUUGCUGGUGAUGAGCCCACUGUCUCUUCCAUAAUAACUUGAAAUGCCCACCUUCAUGAUGGUCUAAAUUCCUGUAUAUGUGGUAACUAUUAUUUUAAGGUGUGUUACUUUUAUGUUGAACUCUGUGAAGCUGUGUUACUGUGCAAAACACCUAA